CUUCGACUGGAAAACACUUAAGAUGUCAGUCUACACAAACAACUACACCCCUCCACCUCCGCCCCCCAAAAUACCACAAGACAUCCACCUCCACACCCCGCCGGAGGAAUAUGACUUUAAUUAUAUCUUUCCUGUCCAGCUUCUCAAGUCGAAUAGAGUGGAGCUGAGGCCUUUGGUCCCGUCUCUGCAUGCGAGGUUGUAUUGUGAUGGGAUCGUCAAGUAUCCACAGUUGUUUAGGUGGUUACCUAUGUUUCCUGCGAAGAAUUUUGAAGAGGUGCUUGUGUUUAUCGAGAAAUACUGGAGGCUUCCUCCUGAUGUACUCUCCUACGCCAUCUUCACCGAGCCUCCCUGGUCCGCCACCAAGGUGGAAGCAGAGAAUUAUGUGUUUGCUGGGACUAUUGCAAUGAUCAAUUCGAGUGAGGAGAUGAUGAUGGCCGAGUUGGGGUUUGUCGCUAUCCUUCCGCCUUUUCAACGAACCCACGUCCACACCCACGCCACAGCCCUCCUCAUGCACCGCGUCCUCGACCUCCCCUCCGCCGGCGGCCUAGGCUUACGCAGAUGCCAGUGGCAAGCCAACUCGCUCAACUUGCCGAGCCAGGCUGCCGCUCUCCUGAUGGGCUUUCUUUUCGAGGGGGUGCAGAAGAGUAAGAGGGUUUUGGCGCCUGGGAAGGAAGGGGCGCGACGGGGAAGGCGGGUAGAGGGGGUGGAACGGGAAGGGACACGGGCAGAGGCAGGGAAUAAAGGGGAGGAGAUGGAUGCGAGGGAUGAUUGGGUGGCGGACAUUGACUGGGAGGGGUGGGAAGAUGGGGGGAGGGAGGUUGUUGAUGGGCUUAUGGCGAGAAGGGGAUGA